GACUGUAUUGGAGCCUUAUAUCGUGUAUCAAAUUUUGAUACUUUCACUUUAGUCUUUCUCUUCGUGUAUACAAUCAACUGCAUUUGCAAAAUGCAUAUUGUUUAAUAGAUUCAAUAACGAUAAUAUGUUCUAAUUCAUACAGAAGAAACAGCUGUGAUUUUCAGCUGCUGCAAGAACUGGAAUGUAAGAUCAAAAUGGUGGCAGUGGCAGAUAGAUCGAUAUUGCUUUGCAAUGUCAUGUAUUGUUGAUAAUUCUUCUGUUCGUCGCACAUUAAACAGAGCAUGGAAUGGAUGGAUCGUGUCCAUUACUCCUUCCAUCCUUUGGAGAAAAGAGCAGCUCUGAGAGGGAGACUGUAUAUUCAUCUCAGAAAGUGGGCCUAUACAGACCAAACUCUGAUACAAUUGACUUGGGAUAUCAUACUUUAGACAACAACGCUUGUCGAUCAACAUCUUCAUCUGCUGCUGUACCUAUUCCUAUCAGACAACAAACCUUGUUGCAACAGAAAUGUACCUAUGUGGCUGAUCUAUGCCAACUGGAUGAUACAUUGUUAUUGAGAAUAUUCAAUUGGCUAGGUACCAGAGACCUUUGUGCUGUUGCCCAAACCUGCAGACGGCUUUGGGAAAUAGCAUGGCAUCCAUCUCUCUGGAAAGAAGUCGAAGUACGAUAUCCCCAAAACGCAACUAUCGCGUUGAACGCGUUGACCAGACGAGGAUGUCACACGUGCAUUCGUCGUCUUGUACUGGAAGGUGCUGUUGGCCUGACUGGAAUAUUCGCGCAGCUACCGUUUUUAAGUUUAACUUCCUUAGUUCUUCGACAUUCUAGACGCGUCACAGACACGAAUGUCACUGCUAUCUUAGAUAAUUGUAUACACUUGAAGGAAUUUGACCUUACAGGAUGUGUCAGUGUAACUAAAGCAUACAGUCAUAUAACGUUACAAUUGCAAUCACUCGAUCUCAGUGACUGUCACGGUGUAGAAGAUUCUGGCUUGAUAUGCACGCUUUGUCGCAUGCCGCAUCUUGGUUGCUUGUACUUACGGCGAUGCGUUCGUAUAACUGACGACAGCCUCGUAGCAAUCUCUUCUUACUGUAUCAGUCUGAGACAAUUGUCCGUCUCUGACUGCCUAAAAAUUACAGAUUUCGGUGUGCGAGAAUUGGCAGCGCGGCUCGGCCCGUCACUCCGUUAUUUUUCGGUGGGAAAAUGCGAUCGUGUGUCGGAUAUUGGUCUUCUGGUUGUGGCCAGGCAUUGUUACAAAUUGAGGUACUUAAAUGCUCGUGGCUGUGAAGCACUUAGCGAUUGCGCUACGUUAGCUUUGGCGCGUGGAUGUCCACGAUUGAGAGCUUUAGACAUAGGGAAAUGCGAUAUCGGCGAUGCAUCUCUUGAGGCCCUCUCCACUGGCUGUCCGAAUCUCAAGAAAUUAUCCUUGUGUGGCUGCGAACGAGUCUCGGAUGCUGGAUUGGAAGCGCUGGCCUACUACGUACGAGGAUUAAGGCAACUGAACAUCGGCGAAUGCCCUAGGGUCACAUGGGUCGGAUACCGGGCGGUAAAGCGUUAUUGCCGUAGGUGCAUUAUAGAGCACACUAAUCCUGGUUUCUCAAGCUGACUUCUCGAAAUUCUUUUCUACUUACCCCAUUUACUAUCUAUUUAUUAACAACUCUUGUUUCGUUACCCGUCUUUGGCCCUGAUCAGACACGAUGGUAGCUGCUGCACAGUUGCCCUACCUAGGAUUCGCACGGAAUCAUUUCGCUCCAUAGAAUUCGAGAUCGAGCAGUUUCAUUUGAUCCUGCAGAACUAUGUAACUAGGAACCGAGUUAUCAGAACCACCGUGCCUGAAUAGAACUAUAGACACUCAUUUUGUAAAAAGCAACUAUCUAACAAUUGUGAAAAUAUAUAUACAUAUAUAGCGUAUACCGUA